CCGGGCAGCCCCUCCUACCUGCCCGGCGUCCGGACCGGCGCCUGAGGCGGAAGAGGCGGUGGAAAUGCUACGGUGGCCGCGCGGGGCCAGGCGGAAGCGACCGCCACGGGGGCACGAGCCCGCGUGCGCCGGUGCGGGGCGGAACGGAACUGAACGGGUCGGAUCGGAACGGAACGGCGAGGAGCGGAGCGGAGCUAUCACCAUGUCGGGACGAGAGGGCGGCAAGAAGAAGCCGCUGAAGCAGCCGAAGAAGCAGUCGAAGGACCUGGACGAGACAGAUCUGGCAUUUAAACAAAAGCAGAAGGAGGAGCAAAAGAAACUUGAGGAGAUGAAAGCAAAGGCUGCUGGAAAAGGCCCCCUUGCCAGUGGUGGAAUAAAGAAGUCUGGCAAAAAGUAGUUCCAUCAAACUGCAGGGUUUUGUCCUAACAAUGGCAUUACUGUUUUAUGCUGAAAAUGGAACUUUUACUGAAGACCAUUUGUCACCUUGUGGAGCCUGAGUGCAUCUGCUGGUUUGGUAGUAAUUUGUGAAAAUAAAUUUCAACUUUGGCUCUUUUUUUGUGA